GAUAACUCUCCAAUCAUGGUGAAGAUCGUUGAAGGCCUGCCGUCCAGCGAGAUCAGUGCCCAUCACAUCCAGCAGCAGCAUCACCUGCAGCAUCAUCCUUCUCAUCAUUCACUGCCACCCGCGACCCAUCCACAUCAUCCGCAUCCUCAUCCGCAUCCGCUGCAGCAGCCGCCUUCCGUUGGCUUGAAUCUCACCAAUCUGAUGAAGAUGGCCAGGACGCCGCACUUGAAAUCCAGCUUCUCGAUCAAUGCCAUACUCCCGGAGACCGUGGAGCAUCACGACGAGGAUGAGGAGGAAGGCGAUGUCGAUGGGGAGGCGGAGGAGAAGAAACCGAACCUGAAUAAUAACAACAAUAAUCCCAGCACGCCCUGGGGCAGCGAGGAUCCGGAGGCGGAAAGUGAUACCGAAUCGGAUCUGGAUGUCACCAGCAUGUCACCGGCCCCCGUGGCCGUCAAUCCCAACGAGAGCGAUGCCGAGGAGGUGGACGAGGAGGAUGUGGAAGAGGACAUCGAGUGUGACACCGAUGGCGAUGCCGAGAGCAAGUCCGGCGAUGGCAAACCCGUCAAGGACAAGAAGGGCAACGAGAAGCCGCCGUACAGUUACAAUGCCCUGAUCAUGAUGGCCAUCCGGCAGAGCCAGGAGAAGCGUCUCACCCUCAACGGGAUCUACGAGUACAUCAUGACGAACCAUCCGUACUACAGGGACAACAAGCAGGGCUGGCAGAACUCCAUCCGGCACAAUCUGAGCCUCAAUAAGUGCUUUGUGAAGGUGCCGCGGCAUUACGAUGAUCCCGGGAAGGGCAACUACUGGAUGCUGGAUCCCUCGGCGGAGGAUGUCUUCAUUGGUGGCUCCACGGGCAAGUUGCGAAGGAGAACAACGGCUGCCUCGAGGUCCAGAUUGGCGGCCUUCAAGAGGUCACUUAUAGGACCAAUGUUCCCGGGAUUGGCUGCUUAUCCUCAAUUUGGUCAGUUUCUGGCUUAUCCCCCAACGGCGCCCAGUUUGCUGGCCAGCAUGUAUCAGCGAUACAAUCCCUUUGCGCCCAAAAGUGGUCCAGGACACCAUCCGGGAUUGCCACCACCACCGCCAGCACCUCAUCCUCAGGGGGCGGGACCACCGCCAGGACCUCCACCCCCACCCUUUGUGGCGCCUCCCUCGAGUAGCGAACUCUACCAGCGAUUGCAGUACCAACAGCUGUUGCAUCAGCAUGCGGCAGCCGCCGCUCUGGCGGCUCACCAGCGGCAACUCUCGGUGGCAGCCGCGGCUGCAGCCACAGUCUCACCUCAGUCCCCGCUCCACCCAAGCCACCCAAGCCACCCAAGCCACCCGAGUCACCUGAGUCACCUGGGGCAGCAGCCGCAAACCUCUCCGAGUCACCACCAAGGCGGCGGCGGAGGUGGAGACUCCCCGGGACCCUCGCCGCAGCCCCUCAUCAAGCCCGUCACUGUGGUCUCGCGGAACAGCUGAAGGAGUAGCCACUGUAGUCCCUAAGUAUUCACUGUACAUAGUUAUAGCCGCGACUG